AAAGACGGACGCGUUUCAUUAAAUCGGUAUUCGGGACGGCACGUCGGUUGAGAAACGAGCCGCUUCGUACGAUGACUUCAACUAUGAAGACUCUACUUCUACCGCUCGGAAUCUUACUAUUAAUUGCGAUAGUAUAUCGUUCGACGAGCAAUUCUGGAUACACUGAUGAUACAGAAAGAAACGCUGUGGAACUGCAGGUAAUCCGGCGUCGACGAACACUUAAGCCCUUUAUUGCAAGCAUACAUUGUUGCAAGUUAAAUCAGUACUAUGAUCAAGAGGAAGGACGUUGUCUGGGCGUGCCAGGAGGCGGCAAGGUGCUUCACGUUGAAAACAGACGAUCCUGUGGCCUCAACGUCUUGAAGCCGCAUUGCAAGAGCUCUUUAUAUUAUCACAUCUGCAAACGCGGUAAAUCAAUCCUAGCGCAGUGUGCGAGCGGGCAGAUCUUCGACAAUCGUCUCCAACGAUGUGUCUACUACGAUUCAAGCAAGCUAACUCCCAAUAUUAUCCCACUGGACAGCUACAUGUAUUUCGAUCGCGUUAGAGUGCCAAGCUGCACGAGAUCCGGCCGAUUUCCCGUGCUCGGCCACUGUUCUAUGUUUUACACGUGCGAAACGAACGGACAUCGAUUCUAUCAGAGCGUUUUAAAAUGUCCACAGAACACGGGAUAUCAAGUGGACAGAGGAGUCUGCAACAUUGUGCCGGACUGCCAGAACAAUAACUCGGUGGAUACAGUCUGUGUUCCGGAUGCGCCGGGCGAGAAUGUGGAAUCUCCAAGUGUCAAUGAAGCUGAAGAAAGAAAUGUGAAAGAAACUUCUGAAAUACUCGAAGAAAAUACGGCCAGCGUAGACAAUCCUAUUGUAGAAAAGAAGGAAAAUGUAAAUUCUAAAAUUUAUGAUGAUAUUAUUACUACCCCUGGAAGUGUAACAGGCACACUGUUAGAGAAUAACAAUAAUGAAAGUAAUAUGGAUGUAUCAGAUUCAGUCAAAGAAGUUUUAGUUCCUGACGGUAUUGACGAAGAGAUAAUGCACAGCCAAGUUCCAAAUCUGCCUGAUUCUGUGCAAAAAGCAUCUGACGAAGGACAAAACGAGGAGAACGGAUCAUCGUCAUUAUUAGGAUUACGGAUCACGCCAUCAACGACAGAACUCAAUGAUGCACCGCAUUCUAUCACGACUUCUAUGACCUCAAUCAAACCGGAGUAUCGUGCAAAUGCUGACGUGGACAGUGAGACAACUGACACGGCACCGUUCUCUUCGGGCAGUUACAUAUUAUCAAAAUUAAAUAAAGCAACACAGGAUGUAACUACAGAACAGUAUAAAAAUAUCAAAGACAGCACAAUGACGCUAUCAAAUUUCAACACCGAAGCAAUUGAUCCGACACCAGCAAUAAAUGCACCAGAAUUCCCUCCAAUUAGCGAUGUAUCACCGAAUAUAGAUGAAAAAAUGCAAGGUGUACCUACGGAACAAUAUAAAAAUAACGAGGACAGUGCUGUAAUUCCACCGAAUUUCAACACAGAUCCAUACUCGGCAUCAACAGUAAGUGAUGUACCAGAAUUCCCUCCAAUCAGCGAAGUGUCACCGAAUAUAGAUGAAAAAAUGCAAGAUGUGCCUAUGGAACAAUAUAAAAAUAACGGAGACAGUGCUGUGAUUCCACCGAAUUUUAAUACUGAUUCAGUUGAUUCGUACUCGGCACCAACAGUAAGUGAAAUACCAGAAUCUCCUUCAAUCAGUGAUGUAUCAUCGAAUAUAGAUGAAAAAAUUAAAGAUGCGCCUACAGAACAAUAUAAAAACGAUGAAGACAGUGCUGUGAUUUCACCGAAUUUCAGUACAGAUUCGGUUGAUUCGUACUCGACACCAACAAUAAGUAAUGUACCGGAAUCAUCUCCAAUCAGCGACGUUUCACCGAAUAUAAAUGAAGAAAUACAAAAUGUGCCUACGGAACAAUAUAGAAAUAAUGAAGACAGCGCAGUGAUUCCUCCGAAUUUUAAUACAGGUUCAGUUGAUUCUUAUUCAACACCAGUAGUAAGUGAUGCACCAGAAUCCUCUUCAAUCAGCGAAGUAUCACCGAAUAUAGAUGAAAAAAUGCAAGAUGUACCUACGGAACAAUAUAAAAAUAACGAAGACAGUGCUGUAAUU